ACGGCCGAGGACAGCAGCCAGAAGGCGGCGGCACAGCACUGCGGGCACAGUAGGCGCCGCUCUGGAAGAUGCCCGAGAGCCGGGGCGCUCCCGCCUCGCCGCCACCGGCGCUCGCCACUGCCCCGGACCCCGCGUCCUGCCCGCCGCCCCCGCGUUCCCCAGGCCCCCAGCGGGGCAGCAGCGUCCCGCAGAAGGUGGCGGAGGCGCUGAGCAGCCAGUACGGGCUGAACGUGUUCGUGGCCGGGCUGCUGUUCCUGUUGGCCUGGGCUGUACACGCGGCGGGCGUGGGCAAGCGCGACCUGCUGUGCCUGCUCACCGCGCUCAUGCUCCUGCAGCUGCUCUGGAUGCUGUGGUACGUGGGCCGCAGCUACGCGGAACGCCACCUCAUCCGGCCCAAGGAUGCGCACGCCGGGGCUCGCUGGCUCCGCGGUAGUGUCACCUUGUUUGCCGUCAUAACCAUCAUCCUGGGAUGCUUCAAAGUUGGCUACUUCAUUGGAUUUUCCGAGUGUCUGUCGGCCGCGGAAGGCGUGUUCCCAGUCACCCACGCAGUGCACACGCUGCUGCAGGUGUAUUUUCUAUGGGGCCACGCAAAGGACAUUAUCCAGUCUUUCAAAACACUGGAAAGGUUCGGGGUGAUCCACUCGGUGUUCACCAAUCUGCUGCUGUGGGCCAACAGCGUCCUGAACGAGUCAAAGCACCAGCUGAACGAGCACAAGGCGCGGCUGAUCACGCUGGGCUUCGGGAACAUCACGAUAGAGCUGGACGACCACUCUCCGCCGUGCAACUGCUCGCCCGCGCGCCUGUGCGCCGCCCUGCUGCAGGGCGUGUACUACCUGUACCCGUUCACCAUCGAGUACCAGAUCCUGGCAUCCAGCAUGCUCUUCGUGCUCUGGAAGAACAUCGGGCGCAGCGUGGACGGUGCGCGGCCCCGGCGCGGGGCUGCGGCUAUGGCCGUGUACCUGGUGCACAUCGGCCGCUCCAAGGCCAAGAGCGAGGCGGCGCUGGCCAUGUUCUACCUUUACGCCAUCGCCCUGCUGCUGCUCAUGGGCGCUGCGGGGCUGCUGGGCAUCCGCAUCUACAGGGUAGACGAGAAGUCCCUGGACGAGUCCAAAAACCCGGCGCGUAAGCUGGACGCCGACCUCUUGGUGGGCACGGCCUCGGGCUCCUGGCUCCUCUCCUGGGGCUCCAUCCUGGCCAUGGCCUGCGCUGAGACCCGGCCGCCCCACACCUGGUACAACCUGCCCUACUCGGUGCUGGCGAUCGCGGAGAAGUACAUCCAGAACCUGUUCAUCAUCGAGUCGGCGCGCCGCGAGCCCGAGAGCCUCCCCGAGGACGCCUGCACCCUGCGCGUGCUCACAGUCUGCAACGGGGCCGCCCCCGCUACGUCCCCCGAUACAGGCCUUGGCAAGGAGGAGCCACAGGAGCGGAGGAGCGGCAAGGAGGAGCCACAGGAGCGGAGGAGCCGGCCGGGGACCUGGAGUUCCGCCCGCGCUGCGCCAUUCUGGCCGGGCGGCUCCAAGAAGAGAGUCCUGAGGAACAUCACGGCGUUCCUGUUCCUCUGCAACAUUUCGCUGUGGAUCCCACCUGCCUUUGGCUGCCGUCCUGAGUAUGACAAUGGGUUGGAGGAGGUCGUCUUUGGCUUUGAACCCUGGAUAAUUGUGGUCAACCUGGCCAUGCCCUUUUCUGUUUUCUACCGGAUGCAUGCAGCUGCCUCUCUCUUUGAGGUCUAUUGUAAGAUAUAGACUGAGGCCACAGGAGAUGGACAAGCAGGCUCACAAGGGAGCUCCCUGGAGCCCUGGGAGUGGCUGUGCUGGGCAAACACUGCCUGACAAAGGCCAGGCACCUUUUGUCUGCAGUGAGUGUGGCCGAGGGCUGCACCCUGUCCACGCGGGCCACAGAUGGCAGAAUCCACGAGGGGCUGCAGUCUGUCCUUGUUUGUCAGUUCCUAUCAAAGCCCAACUAUUUCACCUCCUUCCAAAUGAGAUUCUGUUUUAGAGCAUGGUCCAAGGUUGGGCAAAAAUUUCUCCAGUUUGUUUUUCUUACACAGCAUUUUCUUUUUGUUUAUUCUGUGGCAAUCAUUUUUUUCCUGACCAUUUGUAUACAGCGAAUUAAAGCUGAUGAAUGGAGACAAACGCAUGAGGUUUAUAUUUGAGCUUCUCAGUAGGUCUAAUUUGUGAACAAAGUGACUUUUGCCAUCUCGAUGGAAAUUUAAAUAUGCCUGGGACAAUGUGUGAUCAUUUUGAAAUUUGUUUUUAAAAAUAAAAUUUACUCUUCUUCACUAUAAAUCUAUCCUUGUUUAUAAAAGAAAAUUUAAGGAUUUCCGUAAAUUAGAAAAAAAAUCACCCAUGUUGCUAUUGCUCAGUUAAGGAUUCCUUUUUAACACCUUUUACCCAGGACCUGGGAUUCUUUUUAUUGUCUUACCUGCCAGUCGUGGUUCAACAUUUUCAAUUUUGUAUCCAGUUUUCUUCUUUACUCAACAGCGUAGCAAAAACCCGUCUCCCAGAUUGCUAUGAACUCACUAUAAAUAUGACUUUAAUACUAUAUUAGAGUCUAUCAUGUGAAUAUUUUAUAAUCAACUUGGCUUCUUAUUGUUGAUUUUAAAGUGUUUAUAACCUUUUGCUUUUAUAAGUGACUC